AUGCAUUGGAGGGGCCAUCACUCACCCUCUUCCAUGCCUGGACUCUCAGAUCCUCCUGAACCCACCUCCCCGAGUUGGAAGAAGAGAAAGCGGGACCAUGAAGGCGCCUUGUCUCUGUCGAAGCCUCCCUCUUUCCCUCCGUUCCGAUUAGAAUGUUCGGAUCGAGAUAACGGCGUCACUCUCGCUUCAAGGCAUCAGCCGGAGCCCGAUCUUUCGUUUCGGCCGCGCUGUCUGCCCCGAAAACGCAGACAUGUUCACCCCUCCUAUCUCGCUAUUCCAUCGCAGCAGCCAUCUCUCCUCUCACCCAACGUAUAUGCCCCGAACCAAGAUCCCUACUCCCCACCCGUAUCCCCCAAAACACUCGUUCCAAUACAGUGCCCGUCUGCAGCCCUCCGUCCGUGCCAUAUCUGCCACCGCCGCCCCACAACUCGCCACGUCCUAGACGCCUACGCAGACUGCAACCUGUGCGGUGAACGGGCCUGCUUCAUUUGUCUCCGCCAGUGUGACAGCCUCACUUGUACAGGUUCAGUCCAUGUCGAUUUGGACACUCCGGGAGGACCAGAUCUCUACAGUCCUAAUGAAGACAUCGACCCAGAAAACCCUCGAAUCCGCAGGAAAAUAUGCUCCCGAUGUGCUGUGGAAGGACUCUCGGAGAACGGCACUGAGAUAGUCCGCUGCAUGGACUGCGUCCGGGGCCACACGACUCCCUGGCCGCCUGGUCACAUCACGUCUCAGUGGGCCUUGGAUGGGCCCAACCGUGAUUACAUGCAUAUAUAA